AUGGAUGUGAAGAGUAGGAAUUAUUUACUUAUGAAUCGCCAAGCAUUGGAAAAAGACAUCAAGACCUCUUAUAUUAUGGAUCGUAUGAUUUCUGACGAAGUACUGACAUUACAGGAGGAGGAGAAAGUGAAACAACAGAAUACACAGAAGGAACGAGCAGCUAUGCUAAUAAACAUUAUUCUUACAAAAGAUAAUAAUUCAUAUAGAUCUUUUUAUAAUGCACUACUUCAUGAAGGGUACAGAGAUCUUGCUGCGCUUCUUCAGGACGGCAUCCCUGCCAUCUCCUCGGGUAACAGAAAGAGUUCAAUGGAUGGAAUGACUUCAUAUGUUAAGAUGAUUCUCUGCGAAGGAGGUGUACCACAGAGACCGGUUGUGUUUGUCACUCGGCCAAAACUGGUAGAUGCUAUUAAACAGAAACUGUGCUGCUUGGGAAGUGAUCCAGGCUGGGUCACAGUUUAUGGAAUGGCAGGUUGUGGGAAGACUGUUUUAACAGCAGAAGCUUUAAGGGAUCAUCAGCUCUUGGAAGAUUACUUUCCAGGAGGAGUUCACUGGAUCUCUGUUGGAAAACAGGACAAAGCAGGGCUCCUAAUAAAACUUCAGAAUCUCUGUAGUAGAUUAGAACAUGACUCUACUCUUUCACAAAGGCCACCACUUAACAUUGAGGAGGCUAAAGAUCGUCUUCGUUUGCUGAUGCUACGCAAAUAUCCCAGAUCUCUUUUGAUCCUGGAUGACAUUUGGGAUUCCUGGGUAUUAAAAGCAUUUGAUAAUCAAUGUCAGGUUCUUAUCACCAGCAGGGACAGGAGUGUAACAGAUGCUGUGGCUGGCAAUAAAUAUGAGGUUCAUGUUGAAAGUGGACUAGCACAUGAGAAAGGACUGGAGAUUUUAUCCCUAUUUGUGAAUAUGAAAAUAUCAGAACUGCCAGAACAAGCUAACUGCCUUGUAAGGGAAUGCAAAGGUUCUCCUCUUGUGAUAUCCUUGAUAGGUGCAUUGUUACGAGACUUCCCUAGUCGUUGGGAAUACUAUCUCAAACAGCUGCAGAAUAAGCAGUUUAAAAGAAUAAGAAAGUCGUCAUCUUAUGAUUAUGAAGCCCUUGAUGAAGCAAUGUCCAUAAGUGUUGAGCAACUGAACGACAAUUAUAAAGACUACUAUAAAGACCUCUCUAUCCUCCCAAAAGAUGUUAAAGUACCUACUAAGGUUCUCUGUAUUCUUUGGGAUAUGGAAACUGAAGAAGUUGAAGAUAUACUACAGGAAUUUGUUAACAAAUCGCUAUUGUUCUGUGAUCGUAAUGGGAAGUCAUUCCAUUAUUAUUUACAUGAUCUUCAACUUGACUUUCUUACAGAGAAGAAUCACAACCAGCUUCAGGAGCUACAUAAAAACAUAGUAAAACAGUACAAGAAAUAUUACAAACUUAGUACGCCUGUUCCAUCUCAAGAGGAUUGCAUGUACUGGUAUAACUUUCUUGCGUAUCACAUGGCUGGUGCCAACAUGCAGAAGGAACUCCAUGAUCUUAUGUUUUCUCUAGAUUGGAUUAAAGCUAAAACGGAAUUGCUAGGGCCUGCUCAUCUGAUUCAUGAAUAUGUAGAAUAUAGUUCAAUCCUGGAUCAAAAGAAUAGCACAGUACGUGAGAACUUCCAGGAAUUUCUGUCUUUAAAUGGGCACCUUCUUGGACGGCAACCGUUUCCUGACAUUAUACAGCUGGGUCUUUGCCAACCAGAGACAUCAGAGGUGUAUCAACAAGCCAAGCUACAUGCUCAAAGAGAAAAAGGAGCAUUUUAUUUGGAAUGGAUAAACAAAAAAUCCUUGAAAAACCUCUACCGUCUGGUUGUUCGUCCACAUAGAGAUGCAGUUUAUCAUGCCUGCUUUUCUAAGGAUAGACAAAGAAUAGCAUCAUGUGGAGCUGAUAAAACACUUCAGGUGUUUAAAGCAGAAAGUGGAGAGAGACUCCUGGAAAUAAGUGCCCAUGAUGAUGAAAUACUUUGUUGCGCUUUCUCUGCAGAUGGUGAAUUUGUAGCAACUUGUUCAGCUGAUAAAAAAGUGAAGAUCUGGAAUUCAAGAACAGGCCAGUGUAGGUGUGUAUAUGAAGAACACACAGAGCAGGUCAAUUGCUGCCAGUUCAAUAACAGAAGUGGUCAGUAUCUUUUAGCCACCUGCUCAAAUGACACUUUCAUCAAACUUUGGGAUUUGAACAAAAAGUAUUGUAGAAAUACGAUGAUGGGUCAUGUAAAUUCCGUCAGUCACUGUAGAUUUUCACCAAAUGAUGAAUAUGUUGCUAGCUGCUCAACAGAUGGAACAGUAAAGCUUUGGGAAGCGCGCUCAGCAAAUGAACUGAAAAGUAUUGAGAUAAAAGAUUUCUUCAAAAAUGCAGAUGAGUCACCGGAUGAUGUGGAUGUUUUAGUAAAAUGUUGCUCUUGGUCCAGAAACGAUGACAUGAUUUUGGUAGUUGCCAAAAAUAAGCUUUUGCUUUUUGAUGUUAAAACAUGCAAUUUGUUAACUGAAGUCAUUGUAAGUCAUCACAGUACAAUCCAAUACUGUGACUUUUGUCCUGGUGAUGAGUUAGUAGCAGUUGCUUUGUCUCACUGUUCUGUUGAGUUAUGGAAUAUUAAAUCUUUAUCGAAAGUAGCAUAUUGCAGGGGACACAUGAGCUGGGUUCACUGUGUGACAUUUUCACCAGAUGGAUCUUUAUUUCUAACAUCAUCUGAUGACCAGACAAUACGCAUUUGGGAAACAAGGAAGGUGUGCAUGUCUUCUGAUGCAGUGCUAAAAAGUGAACUAGAUGUUGUAUUUCACAAUGGUGAAGUGAUGAUUUUAGCAAUUUACAAUCAGAAGCAUUUACAACUUAUCAAUGGAAAUACAGACAGUGUUGUUAUGCAUACAGCAGCUCAAGAAUCCCCCAUUUCCUGCUGUUGCUUAAGUGGAGAUCUUAAAUUUGCAGCUUUUGGACAGGAGAGUGGAACAAUAAAGGUAUUACAGUUGUCGGAUGGGAAAGUUCUGAAGUCCCAGGAGGCCUACAGGAUGUCUGUGCAGCAUUGUCGAUUUACCUCUGACUGUCAGACUCUCAUUUCAAGUGCUCAUGAUUCAGUUAUACAGGUAUGGAAUUGGCAGUUGAACGAAUGUGUAUUUCUAAGAGGGCACAAGGAAGCAAUCAAGGAUUUUAGACUUCUGGAAGAUUCAAAACUUCUUUCUUGGUCGUUUGAUGGAACCGUUAAGGUUUGGAAUAUCACUGCUGGAAACGUAGAAAAAGAUUUUGCUUGCCAUGGAGGUGCUGUUCUUUCCUGUGCUGUUUCCCCUGAUGGUAGUAAAUUUUCAUCUACCUCUGCUGACAAAACUGCAAAGAUAUGGAGCUUUGAAAGUUCAUCUGUUCUUCAUGAGCUGAAAGGUCAUGAAGCCUGUGUGCGGUGCUGUACUUUCUCUCCUAAUAACAAGUUAUUGGCCACUGGAGAUGACAAAGGAGAAAUAAGGAUUUGGGAUAUUUUAACAGGUGCAUUACUUCACUUCUGCUCCCCAGUUACAGUAGAUGAAGAAGAACCAACACAUGGUGGCUGGGUAACAGACGUCUCCUUUUCUCCUGACAGUGAAAUGCUUGUGUCAUCUGGAGGCUAUCUUAAGUGGUGGAACGUAACUACUGGAGAAUCCUUACAAACCUUCUACACAAAUGGAACGAACCUCAAGUCGAUACAUGUGUCCCCUAAUUUCGAAGUGUAUGUGACUGUUGAUAAUCUUGGCAUUCUGUAUGUAUUACAGAAGUUGUGA